UAAGUCCAUAUUGGAACGAAACAAACGAUCAAUUUCAAAAGGCACCCAAAGAGCUUUCUCUCUCUCCGUGUGGAUUAAAAACGAAACGUGAUAGCCCAUUUUUCGACUCAUCGGGUCAGUUUGAGUUGGGAAAUGACUUGUUACCCCACUCGCUCACAUUUGAGGUGAAAUGGCAUCAUCAUCAGAGCCCAUUUUGAAAAAAAGCAGCAACCUUUUUGGCCUCGUCUCGCACACUGCAAUAACGGAUGCAUUUCAAAUGAGACGGGAACCACCCAGCUGAAACGCAACCCAAAAAAAUUGAUUGGUGCUUGAUGAAUUUUUUUACUCCUGCAGUUCCUUUUGUGGUUUUUCUUUCUCUCGUGCGUCUGCAGCGUUUUCUACAGUAGUUUUAUGGGUUGAGACAUUGUGCGUGAAGGGUUCGUGAUUGAAUGUGCGAGCCCGAGCAGUUACGGGAGGUGGCCUCUUUUUAUUUUUUCGGGUUUAUUUUUGUUGUUUUUUCUUUCGUUCGAUUAUCUAAUCAGUUGAACAGCCGAAUUUCUCAUUCUCCACUCAUCCAUCUUUUGAUUAUGAUUCAUUCUCACUGUUCUUUCUACCAAAACGGGGAGUCGGCGCAGAGAGGAGACGUGGGCCCAGCUGCGUGCCAAUGACCAGUUUCGUUUCCUCGAAGGUAAAAAAAGAUUCUUGUGAAUGAACACAAAAGGGCGGGGGACUCGAUUGGCAAACGGCAACUCCCGCAAAUCUCCUUGUUUCUUCUCCAAUGUAUAUAAUUUUGUGGCCGAGCCAAUGAAGUGAUGACGGACAUGUUGUCCAUGUUCCGUUACUUUUCUCGCUCGUUUUGUUUGCCACUUUUCAUCCAUCCCAGAAAAAUGUCCGAAUUUUGUUUUUCUAAUUUUCCAACGAUGGAAAGAGAAAGGGACGCACUGAAAACAGACACCAAUUUCCUUCCACAUCCCGCUGGUUAAUUUAAUUUUUUGGGUGUUUUUUGUUUCACCGUAGCGGCUUGGAUUCGAUCCAGCGGUCUCGCGUGUCGAAUUAUGAGCGACGGGACGCGCAAUAGACAAUUUCUUUUGGCAAUUCUUGACUACCAGACGGACUAGACUUUUGCGCAGAGUUCGCAGUCUGGCUGUCUGCACGAACGCGAAUUGAUUUUUCGUCGACCUUUUUGUCUGUUUGCUUUUUCAUUUUCAAAAAAAGAAACAGCAGCGCAAUUUUCCUUUUGAUUAGCCUUUCUUACCUGCCGCUAGAUGGGCAGUUCGCCCUGCAACUCUAGACUCUCCUUCCGUCUAUUUCUCCCAUCACCAGCGCGCGUGUUUUCGAAUUUUUUCAAACAGGCAACAAACAAAUAAAAACAAACAAACGAUCGGGAAAAAGUGGCACGGAAAUAGUGGCCGAACACAACCAUUUUUCUUUUUUUUCUGGCACGACGACAACCUGACAGAUGGAUAGAAUCGUAAACGGUACACGUACUUUGCCCAGAGGGACAUGGCGAUCAUAUCAAGUACGGCCAUCAACACCCUCAAACAAUCAACAAUAACUCCAAAAAGCACAAAAGAAGAAGAAGAUUCCCCCCACCCCAUUUUUGGUAUCGCUGAUGAUGGCAUUAUUCCUAGUUAACAAGCACCUCCUCCUCUCCACCGUUGGUCCCUCGUACACACUCCGGCAGAGUAGGAAGAUGAUUGUUUCGUGAUGAGUUCCACAUCUGCGUUCGCAGCGACACAAAGACGGGCUUUGCUUCUUCUUUUCUAGUUCGUUAUUUGUUUUCCUUUCUCUUUUUUUCCCCCAGUUCUUCUUUUUUGUGUGUGUGUGUGUCUUGUUAUUCCGUCCUCCUUGAACGGAGCAAGACUUGAGAAUCGAUGGAUGGAUGGAUGGAUUUCCCAUGAAGUCGUCACUCGGAUAGCUUCAACAACACGACGGAGUUGCGCGCGUCUGCGCCGCCAACGUUUCGUGUGUGGUUUUCUUCUUCUUUGGGUCUCUGGAGCCUCUCGAUUGCCCAUUUAAGGGUCAGCAUUUUCCGUCGUCCUCAGAGACGGCCAACAGCUCGAGAAAGGCGCAACGCACCCGAAUUCAUUCAGAGACUCGCUCGCAUCCAGCGCCACGACGACCUCUUCUUCUUUUUUCCGAUUCAACCACAUAAUCGGACCGAAAGAUCUCGCCGGUAAUACAUCACAUUCCCCCCGCUGUCGACUCUGAAGAAGAAGAAAAAAACAACCGUUGGAGAGAAGAGAGAAGAUGGCCAAGUAUGGCGAGUGCAUCUCGGGCCGUCCCAGCUAUCAAACCCACCGGCAAACUUAUUAUCCAGCCCUGGCCGCCGCUGCUGCUGCUGCUGCCGCAUCGUUGAAUGGCGAAGCCGAGGCCGUCGACGCCUCGAGCGGUGGUGCUGAGAAGAACAGCCGGAGCGGCGGCGGCGGUGGCGGCGGAGGAGUCGGGCAAGGUGGCGCGAGAUUUCCCAGCAGCACCAACAACAAGCCGACGGGAACAGCGUCGGUUACGACGGGCACCAUCAGUCAGCGUGAUCCCGUCUACCCGCGCAGUUUGGCCGAAGAAGUGGUGUGGCGUCAGAGGAGGUUCGCCUGGUGGGGCACGACAUAUCUGGUGGAUCCGCUUAGUGCAGUGCAUCCACCGCCGUCCAAGAUCCAUCCCAAUCCGGCCCAGCUUAAAGUGCAACAAAUCCUACAGCAAUUACGCAACAAGGACGGGAUUCUGGUGCAGGAGAUCGACGAGGGUCGUCCGUGCCUGUCGUGCGGCGACAACUGCUCCGGAUUCCGGCCUCACCAGUGGAGGAAGCACUGCGCCAUCUGCAAGUGUCCGCGUGAUGUCCACGACGUCACCCACAAGGAGUCGGUCAACGUCCACGACCGAUUGGGAUUGAACAAGGAGGGAGAAGAGGAGCAUCAGCAUCGCCACCAGCAUCAGCAGCAGCAGCACCCGCAGCUGCCGGCCAGCAGCAGCAGGGUCAUGCCUCUCAACAAGGGUGCCCGGCCGACGUCGUCCGACGUCUAUUCAUGGAUACCCGCCGGACUGACUCCCGAUCAAAUUGACGAUUUUAUGACGAGUUGGCCCAAGGACAAAGUGCCCAAGAGAAACUCACAAGGCGACCGGUGGCGCGAGCACCAGCUGGCGUUCCAGCUGCCCAGGCAGGACUUGGCGUUAGCCUAUUGCCGUUACGUCGAGCCGCAGAAUCACACUUCUUAUCAGGAUUUCGUGGCCGCCCGCAAUGACAUUGCGCUCGACAUCGCCUACGUCAAAGAAACCAGCACUCGUGCCCAGAAGUGUUAUGGUUGUGAAGGCAACAUUCCGGCUGGCACGUUUGGCGUCAUGGCUCCAAAGUUUGGCGAAAACGUGGCCUGGCAUCCGGCCUGCUUCCAGUGCACCACCUGUGCCGAACUGCUGGUCGACUUGACUUACUGCGUCCACGAGGAGCAGCUCUACUGCGAGCGCCACUACGCCGAGCAGCUCAAGCCGCGCUGCUCCGCCUGCGACGAGUUGAUUUUUAGCGGCGAGUACACGAAAGCCAUGUCAAAGGAUUGGCACUUGGGCCACUUUAGCUGCUGGCAAUGCGACGAGUCGCUGACUGGGCAGCGCUACGUUCUGCGCGACGAGCAUCCGUACUGCGUCAAGUGCUACGAGACGGUCUUCGCCAACAACUGCGACGACUGCAACCGCGUCAUCGGCAUCGACUCGAAGGAUUUGUCGUACAAGGAUCGCCAUUGGCACGAAGCCUGCUUCUUGUGCAACAAGUGCCGCCUGUCGCUGGUCGACAAGCAGUUCGGCUCCAAGGCCGACAAGAUUUUCUGCGGCCCGUGCUACGACUCGAUGUACGCCACGCGCUGCGACGGAUGUGGCGAAAUCUUCCGCGCCGGAACCAAGAAGAUGGAAUACAAGAGUCGGCAGUGGCACGAAAAGUGCUUCAGCUGCUUCGUGUGCAAGACUCCGAUCGGCACCAAGUCGUUCAUCCCGCGCGAGCAGGACAUUUACUGCUCCGGAUGCUACGAGGAAAAAUUCGCCACUCGUUGCGUCAAAUGCACCAAGAUCAUCACGACUGGCGGAGUGACUUACAAGAACGACCCCUGGCAUCGUGAGUGCUUUACCUGCACUCACUGCGACAAGUCUUUGGCCGGUCAGCGAUUCACUUCCAAGGACGAGAAACCUUACUGCGCCGAGUGUUUCGGAGAACUUUUCGCCAAGCGCUGCACCGCUUGCACCAAGCCCAUUACCGGUAUUGGCGGCACGCGAUUCAUCUCUUUCGAGGACCGCCAUUGGCACAAUGAUUGCUUCCAAUGCGCUAGCUGCAACGUGACUCUGGUUGGCAAGGGAUUCAUCACCGAUGGCGCUGAUAUCCUCUGCCCCGAGUGCGCCAAACAGCGCGUUCUUUAAAUGAACAAAAAUUCUUCUUCUUCUUUUCUUCCUUUCAAAUUAUUCUUUCGCAGCAGCAGACCCUGGAAGGCGGGGAGGGGGAAAUUCUAAUAUCUUUUUUUGUUUUUUCACUGGACCGAUGACCAAAAAGGAAAAAAAAGGAAAAUAAUUCGAUCGUAUUAUGAAAUAGCGUUGGUAGGCAAAGUGUUCAUGUUUGUUUAUUUCUCAAUUUUUGUUGAUUGGUUCGUUAUUUAAACAAUGAGGAAGAAAAAGUGGAGAUAUAUUUACUAAAUGGUGAUGUAAUCCCUCUCUCCCCUGCCCAGGAAUGUGCCAAGCAGAUUUAUUAUUAUUCAUUUUUUUUUUUAAUUAUUAUUAUUCCCUUCAUAUUAUAUCUCUCUAACUAUUUCUUGCAGAUCGGGGUAGUCUUUCUCUUUGCAACAAGACGAAUGUAGGCUUGAUUGGAAGCUUUUAUCAAACACACAUACACAAACACACACUCGUUUUCUGUUUUGUUUUAAAAACUAAUCAUUUUUGGUUGUUAUUUUGCCACCCUCCCUUCGACUGUUGUUACGACACGCGAAGUUUUUUGCUUUUUAUCAUUUUUUUUUCUUUCCUGGUUUAUUAUUCUUUUUGUUUUCUAUAUACGUUCUUUCCAGCCAUGAAUAAUCCACAGUUUAUUAUUUGCUCUGCAGUCGGUUGAAUCGUUGUCUUUGACUUGUGCCUUUUUCAACUUUCCCACAACACCCCCCACCCCUCCACAUCAGAAACAAUCCGCUGGCGUGAAUCCAUUUAUGUUUGGCCUUCCGUGCAGUGUGUUUUCUUUCUGUCUUGGUUAUUUUCCGCCAUUUUCCGACGACAAUAAUCAGCAAUCAAUUGACGAUCAAGUAUUCUGUUUCCCAAUAUGAUAUUCUCUCCUCCUCCGUCAAAUCGCCUCUCCCCUUUCCUUCUUUGUGAGUGUUGCUGCACAUAGACUAAGAAACGUGUUGAUGAUGAAAAUAAUAAUUAUAACAAAGCAAAAAGGAUGUUUAACAAAUACAAAAUAAGGCAAAUUA